CCGGGUCCCCGUGGGGCGCAUGGGGCGCUCGGAGCCGGGACCGCGCGCGGGCCCCGCGCCCCGCUUCCCGCUGCCGUGAGCACCGCGCCGGGACGCCCCCCAGACCCGGAGCUGCUGCGGGGAGGAUGACCAUGGCCGGGGGCAGGAGGGGACUGGUGGCCCCGCAGAACACGUUUCUGGAGAACAUCGUCCGGCGGUCCAACGAUACUAACUUUGUGUUGGGAAAUGCCCAGAUAGUGGACUGGCCUAUCGUGUACAGCAAUGAUGGAUUUUGCAAGCUGUCUGGCUAUCACAGGGCAGAAGUGAUGCAGAAAAGCAGUACCUGCAGUUUCAUGUAUGGGGAACUGACUGAUAAAGACACAAUUGAAAAGGUGCGGCAAACAUUUGAGAACUAUGAGAUGAAUUCCUUUGAAAUUCUGAUGUACAAGAAGAACAGGACACCUGUGUGGUUCUUUGUGAAAAUUGCUCCAAUUCGAAACGAACAGGAUAAAGUGGUUUUAUUUCUUUGCACUUUCAGUGACAUAACAGCUUUCAAACAGCCAAUUGAGGAUGACUCAUGUAAAGGCUGGGGGAAGUUUGCUCGGCUGACCAGAGCAUUGACAAGCAGCAGGGGUGUCCUGCAGCAGCUGGCUCCUAGCGUGCAAAAAGGCGAGAAUGUCCACAAGCACUCGCGCCUGGCAGAGGUCCUGCAAUUGGGCUCAGACAUCCUUCCCCAAUACAAGCAAGAGGCGCCAAAGACUCCCCCUCACAUCAUCUUGCAUUAUUGUGUUUUUAAGACCACGUGGGAUUGGAUCAUCUUGAUCUUGACCUUCUAUACAGCCAUCUUGGUCCCUUACAAUGUCUCCUUUAAAACCAGGCAGAACAAUGUGGCCUGGCUGGUUGUGGAUAGCAUCGUGGAUGUCAUCUUUUUGGUGGAUAUUGUGCUCAAUUUUCAUACCACCUUUGUUGGACCAGCGGGGGAGGUGAUUUCCGACCCCAAACUUAUCCGCAUGAACUACCUGAAGACGUGGUUUGUGAUUGAUCUUCUGUCCUGUUUGCCAUAUGAUGUCAUCAACGCUUUUGAGAACGUGGAUGAGGUUAGUGCCUUUAUGGGUGAUCCAGGGAAGAUUGGUUUUGCUGAUCAGAUUCCACCACCACUGGAGGGGAGAGAGAGUCAGGGCAUCAGCAGCUUGUUCAGUUCUCUGAAAGUUGUCCGGCUGCUCCGUCUUGGGCGAGUGGCCCGAAAGCUGGACCACUACAUUGAAUACGGAGCUGCUGUGCUGGUCCUGCUGGUCUGUGUGUUCGGGCUGGCUGCGCACUGGAUGGCCUGCAUCUGGUACAGCAUCGGGGACUAUGAGAUCUUCGACGAGGACACUAAGACGAUCCGCAACAACAGCUGGCUCUACCAACUGGCGAUGGACAUUGGCACCCCUUACCAAUUUAAUGGGUCUGGCUCAGGGAAGUGGGAAGGAGGUCCCAGCAAGAAUUCUGUCUACAUCUCCUCAUUGUAUUUCACCAUGACCAGCCUCACCAGUGUGGGCUUUGGGAAUAUUGCCCCAUCCACAGACAUCGAGAAGAUCUUUGCGGUGGCGAUCAUGAUGAUUGGCUCGCUUCUCUAUGCCACCAUCUUUGGGAAUGUGACGACCAUUUUCCAACAGAUGUAUGCCAACACCAACAGGUACCACGAGAUGCUCAACAGCGUCCGGGACUUCCUGAAGCUCUAUCAGGUGCCGAAAGGACUGAGCGAGCGAGUCAUGGAUUACAUCGUGUCCACUUGGUCCAUGUCCAGAGGCAUUGACACAGAGAAGGUCCUACAGAUCUGCCCCAAGGACAUGAGAGCUGACAUCUGUGUACACCUGAACCGCAAGGUGUUCAAGGAGCACCCAGCCUUCCGGCUGGCCAGCGAUGGCUGCCUGCGGGCACUGGCCAUGGAGUUCCAGACGGUGCACUGCGCCCCGGGGGACCUCAUCUACCACGCAGGAGAGAGUGUGGACAGCCUCUGCUUUGUGGUCUCCGGCUCCCUAGAGGUGAUCCAGGAUGAUGAGGUGGUGGCCAUCCUAGGGAAAGGAGACGUGUUUGGAGAUGUGUUCUGGAAGGAAGCCACCCUUGCCCAGUCCUGUGCCAACGUUAGGGCCUUGACUUACUGUGACCUACACGUGAUCAAACGGGACGCGCUGCAGAAAGUGCUGGAAUUCUACACGGCCUUCUCCCACUCCUUCUCCCGGAACCUGAUUCUCACCUACAACUUGAGGAAGAGGAUCGUGUUCCGGAAGAUCAGCGACGUGAAACGGGAAGAGGAGGAGCGCAUGAAACGGAAGAACGAAGCCCCCCUGAUCUUGCCCCCAGAUCACCCUGUCCGGCGACUCUUCCAGAGGUUCCGGCAGCAGAAAGAGGCGAGGCUGGCAGCAGAGAGGGGGGGCCGGGACCUGGACGACCUGGACGUGGAGAAGGGCAACGUCCUCACCGAGCACGCCUCGGCCAACCACAGUCUCGUGAAGGCCAGCGUGGUCACGGUCCGCGAGAGCCCCGCCACGCCCGUGUCCUUCCAGGCGGCCACCAGCGCGGGAGUGCCGGACCACGCCAAGCUGCACGCGCCGGGGUCCGAGUGCCUGGGCCCCAAGGGGGGCGACUGCGCCAAGCGCAAAGGCUGGGCCCGCUUCAGAGACGCGUGCGGGAAGGGCGAGGACUGGAACAAGGUGUCCAAGGCUGAGUCGAUGGAGACGCUCCCCGAGAGGACGAAGGCAGCCGGCGAGGCCACGCUGAAGAAGACAGACUCGUGCGACAGCGGCAUCACCAAGAGCGACUUGCGGCUGGACAACGCGGGCGAGGCCCGGAGUCCCCAGGACCGCAGCCCCAUCCUGGCCGAGGUCAAGCACUCCUUCUACCCCAUCCCCGAGCAGACGCUGCAGGCCACCGUGCUGGAGGUGAGGCACGAGCUGAAGGAGGACAUCAAGGCCCUGAACGCCAAAAUGACCAGCAUCGAGAAGCAGCUCGCAGAGAUACUCAGGAUAUUAACUUCCAGAAGGUCCUCUCAGUCUCCUCAGGAGCUGUUUGAAAUUUCGAGGCCUCAGUCCCCAGAAUCAGAGAGAGACAUUUUUGGAGCGAGCUGAGGGGUCUGUUGAGAAAGAGGAAAAAAAAAAAAGUCAAAGACGAAAACUCACAGCCCUGUCCUUGAUACCACCCACCAGACACGCCCUUCCUGACAGUGAAUCUCCAUGGGGCCAGUGGCUUAGGCGCUGUAUCUGGAAAAGAGACAGGAGAGGGGGCGUGCCCCGGCCAUGCAAGAUGGCAGCUGCGUCUGACCCGUCUCUGCACAAUUUUGGAAGAAGGGGCAUGCCGCCUGAAGGGUAUUUUCCUUCAUUUUUAAUUUUUUACUACCAUAUUUGUACCGGAACAGAGCAGCAGCCAUUUGGGGAUUGGUGGGGGGUUGCCGCGGACCCCUGGUGUACAUACCAUGCUGGGCUCCUUUGCCAAGACCUGCCCCCCAAAGACUUCAGUGGGCCAGGGACUUCCCAGCGUCCUUGUACAGCCCGUGUCUGCCAUCACCUGUAUUGUCCUGUAGUCAUCUGUAACAAGCGUGGGGCAAGGGGAACGUGAGGGACAGGCGGGUAGAGCCUGUCAACUUUCUGUCUCUAGUGGUUAAGGCCAAAACGCGUCAGUGCUUAGAGCGGAGAAUCCUCAGAUCUCCUUUCCCAAAAGAGGCGAGGGUCGGGCUGGAGAGGCAACCCGUGAGAGCCAGGGCUCCCCUGUCGUGUGGCCCAAGCCUGCUCCAUGCCACUGCCUCACACGCAGGCUCCUUUGCUUCUUUUCCUUCCUGCCCUCUCCCUAAGUGUCCCCGUGGCAUUCCUCAGGGUAUGGAGUGGCGGCAGGAAGGGUCAAGAGCCGAGAGUUGCUUUAUUAACAAAGUAGACACACAUGACCUCAGAAAAAUGAUUGUAGCAAGUGCUGUGUUUAUAUUUUGAUUCCCAUCGGGACUGCCCUUUGGAAGUGUGCAUUUUGUCCACCGCAUGGGGUCAUCAUAGGACACUUAGGAGCCAUGCUCGGCCUUAUGUUAAAGCCAACCUUUCUGUUUCCUGCUGAAGUCAGUAGGACUUCCAGAGAAACCAGGUAAAGAUCACAGGGCCAUGGUUGUACUUUCUGCAGGAGCUGGAAAGAGAAUGAGGCAGGUGUUCCAGCUGUCUAAGGUGGCCAUGGAGCUGUGCUCAGAGAGCUGCCUGUGGGCCAUCCAAUUCCAUGCGCCAAGAUGCUUGGGGACCCAACCCCUGCCUCAGUCACCCGGGUUAGGUUAUUUGUGGGCCUGGACUUCUCUCAGUGGGGCCUGAGAAAGUAGAGAGAGGUCUCUUACAGGCACGAUGGAGCUAGCCCCGCUUACUCCCUAGAGAGGGGGUUCAGGGCCCUACACACGGACAAGCAAGGUGAGAAGUCAGAGCGAGUGGAAUUAGCACAGGUGACUGCAUGGACUCCUCCAGGACACUAACCUUUGCCUGUGUCACGUGGUGACCCCUUCCCCCGGCACUUCUGCCCUACCAAAGAUGUCAAGCAUUCUGAAAGCCGCCGGUCCGAGCCGCUCCUGCCCAGCAGCCACGGCAAGUUGCAGGACUUGACCUCUGCCGGCUCCCAGGGGUGGCCCAGACCGCCCCGGGAGGCCAAGGGGAGAGUCCCACACUGGACACCCUGCUCACAUGGGCCUUCCCCAGGCUGCGGCAUGAUUAGAUUUAGCCUCAGAUGGCAGGGUAGAAGCAGCAGCAACCGUUUGUGGCUCUGGGUAGAGCUGUGGGGCCUUCAGCCUCUUUAACUUGAGAAGCUGCCAACUAAGUCCUUGGGGCAGAGGCUGUGAAAUAAUCUGCAGUGCCAUCUGCCAGCCGCCCCCUGAUGGUCGAGUUUGCCAUUCCUUAAACGUGCUCCUUAACCUGCUUCUAAAGUUUAGGGCCCGCCCCUUGUAAGGCAGGCGGGCCCCUGAUCACCCAAUACCCAGCUGCAGAAGCACUCACCCCUGGAGACUUCGCUGCCUCCUGGGGCCUUGAUGGCAGGCUGCGGUCCAGCACCUGGCCAGCCACGGGGGAGAGGCCCUGCCCCGUCCUUCCGGCUCAGAGGGGCAAAGAUGCUGGGGAGGCUUUGAAGUCCAGACUUGAUGUGGAGGGAAAUAAAGCUUCAGGAACGCACUGCUGGACCGAUGCAAAGUGGGCCAAUGACUGGAAGCCCAGAUCCUGCGAUGGGAAUCCGUUCAUCUCAGGGUCGCAGGGCCCACACACGUGCUCCUAGCAGUGAGCACCACGAGUGUGCCUGUGGAUGCUUUUAGUUUUCUCCAUUUAAGGAUUAUAGGAAUUUUUUUUUUUUUUUUUUUGCUAUAAUGGUUUUCCUGAAAAAACGUUUUUUAAGUGAGCCAAAUCUUUCUUUUCCUUUUCAUGACAUGCUUGGCUGCAGGCUGCUGCGUGCUAACUACCGAUCCUUGCUAGCACACGCCUCCCGGUUCCCAAGCAAAGGCUGUGAGCUUCACAUACUACUGACCUGAACCUUCCAGCAUAAACCAUUAUCUGGUGGCUAGAGAAAGAUUAGCACAAAGAGUUACUAGGUUCAGACAGAACAUUUAGACUUUAUGCUGAGAGAUAACAGAUUUGCCUGGGAUAUUUUCUCCUUUUUGAGGGGAGCGGGCAUGGUGUGUGACAUCAUUGUCCAGUAAGAGCUAAACUCUUCGAGUGUCAUUCGUAGGGAAGCUCCAUUUCCCAGAGAAUAUCCCAGCAGGGUGCUUUCAAGUAGGAGGUCCCGCUCCUGUCACUGGGCUGCUUGUUGAACAUGCUUCUCCUCUGCUGAUGGAGGGGUGGGGGCAAGAGUUGACUCUAAGAAAUAAGAUGGUUAGCGAGAUGCUGUGUGUGUUCUUGGUGAAGGGUGCCAACUCCAGCAAUGGUGUUGCCAUCCCCUGUCCCCACAAAGGGCUCCUCCGCUGGGCAUUACACAGUAGCUAAAGGAAGGAGAGGGAGGAAGUCAUUUGAUUAAGCUCUAGUCUAGUGCAUAAUUAAUGCAACUAAUUGAUUGUGUUAAUGCAAAGCUACCUUAUGCUAAAGGCUACAACAUUAAUGUUACAACACGGUCCAAGCGUUUAAAAACCUGUACCCAUUUCAGCAGCCUUCUAGCAAACUUUUGAAAGUUCAUUUCUUGCUUUGAGUUCUUGUUAUCCAAUUCCUGGGGCCUGUCAAACCCUCCACGCUGCUGUUGUCCAGACAUCAGCCCCUACCUUCUCUUGGAAUCCUCUUCUUUCAAAAGUAGAGAUAGCUGGGCAAGGGGUGAGAAUACACUCCUCCACCACCCCAAGCCCUACAAGCAUGCUGCUUCUCCAACUCCUUAGGUGGAAGGUGAAAAUAUUAAACCAAUUGUCACACUUUUUGUUCAAGCCCAGGUGGGAACUCUAGGAGGAAGAUCUUGUUUCCCGUUGCUCUAACCACUCUAUCGCGUGUACGCUCUGGGAAAUGCUAGGAGCCCUGGUGGAGAGAGAAGGUGCAUUUCAUCGAUAGAGAGUGUACAGUGUUUUGCAAUAAAGACGUUUAGCCUUAAGACCCUUGAAUGGAACUCCAGCUAUGAUGGAGCUGCCACUGCCCCGUCCUUUCUCCUCACCCAGUGUUGCUUACCAUGGACGCUUAGGGAGGGCACGCUCGAGCCCCUGGACAGCCUCUGCUCUGUUGCUAAAUCGUUGUCAUUGCUCCGUCAACUGCCUCCUCACUUGCUUCAAUAAAAAUGACCUUCACCAGCUCCCGUGCCCUCCACCCAGAGGGAGACUUCACUGGCCUCUCAGCACGAACUGCGAACCUCCGAGAAAGCACCAUUUUCUCACCAAAGGUGUUCACGUUGGGAAGUCUUCACUUCCACCCCUGACAAUUUAAAAGAAUCAAUGUGAAUCUGUCUGCAGCUUAGUUUCAAAUGAAACUUCAUUCCCAUGUGAGCAUAUCAGACUUGUUCUGGAACCUCUAGAACUGGACUUGAACACCCUGCAGGUGCCCGGCCAGCAGGUGCCCUCCCUGCCACUAAACUUUUCUUAGAGCCAGUGUCUCUCUGCGACUUCUGAGUCAUCCAAUGGAUCCACGAGUCGUUCGAUGAGAAGUUCACAGAUCUUGUAUCAGGAUACGAACCGAUUUAUGUUAAGAAGGAUGCAACUCCCCCCCCCCUUAAUGAAUGUAUUCUCUUAAUAUUCAGACACUGUAUUUGUGCAUCAGUUGGAGACUGUCCACAUCUGACAUUUCACAGACACCACAAGGACACUUCUACUCAUGAGCAAUUCAUCAUUCUGGGGCUUCUCCUUUUAUUAACACUCUUUCCAUUGAGUCUGCCAAAUCCUUUAUUGGGUUUUUUUUCCUUUGCAUCUGUCAUUUUGUCCAAAUGAGCAUGAAUAAACAAAAGUGCAAAUGGGCUGAUACUAUUUUUGUGGUCAGCUGAGGAUGCUGCCAGGAACUCCGCUGUACGUCUGUGGCUUGGGAACGUUAAGAGGAACAUGCAGGGUCCUCCAUUGAUGAUAUUCCUUUCUCAACAUUUUUAAACAAGCACAAAUGAUAUUUGUAAAAAAAAAUUUUAAUUUAUUACAGUAAUAAACUAUUUUAUACAUGAUA